GAAAUUUUUUGAUGCUCAGCGUUUACAGAUUGUAUAGUAUCUCCAUUGGUGAGCUUUUACGACCAGUAUCAAUCAACAUGGCACCCUCAGGCCUCGCCAUUCUAAUGGGCGCCGGCCCAACCACAGCCGCCGGUAUUGCACGCAUCCUGGCCCAUCCAUCUCAUGGCAACAUGGCAGUUGCCCUGCUCUCUCGCACCGGUGACGCGAGUCUGGCUGAGCGCCUCUCACGCGAGUCACAAGGGGGCACCCUCCGCGCUUUCAAGACAGACACAUCAGAAGCCAGCUUAACGAGCGUCUUCGAUGAGAUCAAAUCCUGGUCCCAGUCACAGAAUCUCAAACUAAAUAUGGCGAUCUGGAACAUCAAACAUUCGCACAAAACGCCUUUUGAAGACGAAUCAGCCACGAAAUUCGGCGAUAGCCUGCAAACCUAUGUCACUGGGGCAAUGGUGUUCUCUCAACUCUCUCUGAAGUGGAUGCUUAGCCAGGACCCUUCUGACACCGAGACCGAUCCAUCCGGUGUUGAGACCAUGACGAAGAAGGGCACGAUAAUCUUCACCGGCACGCUGGGCGCAUUACGGACAAACGCAGGCUAUGCGGCGUACGGUGCCGGACGGGCCGGUGUUCGAAUGCUCGCGCAAAGUCUGGCGAGAGAGUACAGUGCUCGAGGAGUACAUGUCGUUCAUGCAAUUGCUAACGGCGGAAUCGUGGAUGCGAACACCUCUGCAGCUCACGAGGGAGACAGCGAAGCGAAGGAGCUAAAGGAGAGGAUCACUAAGGUCAAUCUGGGUGAGAAGAUACGUGCGGAGAGUGUGGGCAAGCUGUACCUGCAGUGUAUGAACCAGCCGUGUGAUCUCUGGGUGCAUGAGCUGGAUAUGAGACCGGCCAGGGAGAAGUUUUGAGCAGUUAUCCAUAGUCUGGUAAAACCUGCCCAAGAGCUCCGCACAAUGAUGCAUACAUUUUGCCUAGAGACAAACAAAUCAAUCAAUCUAAGGACGUCCAGAACGACGGUGGCACGUGGGAAGGUUGGCUGCUCAGGCUGGUCGACAUAACAAGAGACGUCAAGCGACCUCUUGGACGCAAUCUCCCCAACCGCGUUCGACCCACAAUUG